AUGCUAGUUUUAACAAGCUGGGCUACUAGUAGAUUCUGGCUUGUAGGAAUUUCAGGUAUACUUUCAGAACUGUCCAGUUUAGCAACUUUAAUACUACUUGCAAUUAGCUAUAAAGGAAAAAAAGAUAUACGAGCAAUGAAAAUUUCAAGAGCAUACUUCCCAACACUACUAGAUCAUGAUAGAUCAUUGUGA